CGUGACCCCGGGCAAGAUGGCGCCGGGCGGUCCCUGCUCCUGGCUGGUCCUGCUGCUGGCGGGGGGCUGCUCGGCCCUGCAGGGCCCCCGCCCCGGACCCCCGCCCCUGCCCCUCGUCAUCUGGCACGGAAUGGGAGACAGCUGUUGUAACCCCUUGAGCAUGGGAUCCAUUAAAAAAAUGGUGGAGAGUAAAAUACCCGGGAUUUAUGUUUUAUCUCUAGAGAUUGGCAAGACCGUGAUGGAGGAUAUGGAAAACAGUUUCUUCAUGAACGUCAACCACCAAGUGUCAACCGUGUGUGAGAUGCUCUCCAAGGAUCCCAAGUUGCAACAGGGCUACAACGCUAUGGGAUUUUCCCAAGGAGGCCAGUUCCUGAGGGCAGUGGCUCAGAGAUGUCCGUCGCCUCCCAUGGUCAACUUGAUUUCAGUUGGGGGCCAACAUCAAGGGGUCUACGGUCUUCCCCGCUGCCCCGGGGAGAGCUCGCACAUCUGUGACUGGAUCCGGAAAACGCUGGACAUCGGGGCCUACACCAAACGGGUCCAAGAGCUCUUGGUGCAGGCCGAAUAUUGGCACGACCCGGUGAAGGAGGAGCUGUACCGCAACUGCAGCAUCUUCUUGGCCGACAUCAACCAGGAGAGGGAGUUCAAUGAAACGUACAAGAGGAACCUGAUGGCGCUGAAGACCUUUGUGAUGGUCAAGUUCCUCAAGGACACGGUGGUGGACCCCGUAGAGUCAGAGUGGUUUGGAUUCUACAGAAGCGGCCAGGCCAAAGAAACCGUUCGUUUGCAGGAGACUGCCUUGUACGCCCAGGACCGGUUGGGGCUCAAGCAGAUGGACGAGGCGGGAAAACUGGUGUUUCUGACGGCCCCCGGCGACCACCUCCAGUUCACGCCGGACUGGUUUUACACCAACCUCCUCCCGUUCCUUCUGUGAGCCGUCCCGCUGCCUCCGAGCGACCGAACGGGCGAAGGAACGGGCUCCCAGAGAACCAACGCGACUGAUACGCUCUCCCCUCCCCGCCUAGAAAGAUCAGAGAUCCUGAUCUUCUCCGGGAGCCUGCUUGAGCUUAAUCCCGCUACUGCCAUAUGGCGUUCCCGGCCCCGGGAGAGGCCGGGUGUAAUUAGCUGAGAGGCUUGAGGAUUGUUUGACCGCGGAGCCCGGAGUUAGGGUGGACAAGCUGGACUCGCCUUCCUCCAGCAGGAGCUGUCACCGCAAACCGCAGCCCGGACAGUCUUGCCCGGACUGGAAUUCGAGCACUUAACGCGCGCCGAGCACCGGACUGAGCGCUUGGGAGAGUACGAGAGUUGGCAGGCGCGAAUUCUGCCCUCCAGGAGCUCCCGCCCUCAGGGGUCCUAGCCGGACCCAGAUGAUUACUGCUCACCGGUCAAGACCACACCGAAACCGGGUGCCACAAUGCCGAGAGAAGAAAUCCGCCGCUUCAACUAAGCACUUUCAGCCCCGUCCUCAUCUCCGUACUUCCCCACGCCCCCAUCUUCCGGCGAGAGUCUUUUUAUAACCGUGGACGUUUUUACGUGGCUGCCUGAAAUAAAGACUUCGACUUCUUA